AUGGCGCCUGCUGCGGUAUUGCCAGGCCGUGAGGCUUUGACUUCACGCACAAUCCCCUCUAUGAUCUUCAGCGACGGGAGCUCAACCUCACUUACCCCCGCUCCCGCAGCUACAGUCGAAUCCGAUCCAGAAGUCGGUGCAAAGAAACGUUUCUCAGUCCGAGGCAACGCUAUAGUCACUGGGGGAGCUGGCACGCUCGGUUUAUUUGCAUGCGAUGCUCUACUAGAACAUGGUCUCGAGGGUCUAAUGAUCUUUGAUGUCAAUGCUUCUGAAAAACAAAUUGCAGCAUUGCAGACAAAAUUUCCAAAUGCUGAAAUUCAAUUUCAAAAAGUGGAUGUCACCGAUGAGGACACCAUUCAAGCUGCGGUGGCCCAGACAGCCCUUCUCCUUGGAUCUGUUGAUACUUUGCUGUGUUUCGUCGGUGUCGUCGGCUGUGUUGAAUCCCUGGAAAUGCCCAUCUCCCAAUGGCGCAGAAUCCUGGAUAUAAAUACGACCGGCUCUUUCAUAUGUGCGCAAGCAGUUGCUCGACAAAUGGUCAAGCAAGGCAACGGGGGCUCAAUCACAUUCGUGGCUUCCAUAUCAGCCCACCGCGUGAACUAUCCCCAACCCCAGGCAGCAUACAACGUGAGCAAGUCCGCUCUUCUCAUGCUCAAGAGCUGCCUGGCUGCGGAGUGGGCUCGAUACGGGAUCCGCACUAACACGAUUAGCCCGGGAUACAUGGACACAAUCUUGAAUGAAGGAGACGGUAUCGCUGGUCAUCGACAGAUCUGGGCUGAGCGGAACCCAAGUGGCCGGAUGGGCAGUCCCCCAGAGCUGACAGGGGCUGUUGUAAUGCUGGCAAGCAGCGCAGGGACAUAUAUCAAUGGCGCAGAUAUAGUUGUAGACGGAGGUGGCAUAGUAGUAUAG